GUGAAACCCAGUUACCCAGCAUAUUCCUCUCACAUUUAUUUAUACUUCUAUAUCAUCAUUUUAUCUGCAUCAAAGCAUACAAAUAAUGCCCCAACCAUCAUCACGUCCCGUCGUGGUUCUCGGAGCUGGGGUGUUGGGCCGCCGCAUUGCCUCUGUCUUCCUUGCAGGUGGAUACAAUGUGCAUAUCCGCGAUCCCUCCCCCCAGGCGCUCUCGGACGCAUCCAGUUACAUUGAUAGUCAUAUUCAGGAAUUUAUCGCUCUUACCCCUUCCCAACGCACCGGUGGUACUUACCAGACCUUCACCGAGAUCUCCGCCGCCGUAUCGGACGCCUGGCUCGUUGUAGAAGCCGUACCAGAGAAACUGCCUUUGAAGAUCAGCACAUUUGCGGAAGUUGAUCGCAAUGCACCGGCUGACUGCAUCAUUGCAUCGAAUAGCAGCUCUUUUAAAUCGAGAUUUAUGCUAGACGAGGUGAAACCUGGGAGGAGAGAAAGGAUACUGAAUAUGCAUUUCACGAUGCCGCCUGCUAUCCGGACGGUAGAGUUAAUGACAGAUGGAGAAACGAGCACAAAGUUGUUCAAUCUGUUGACGGGUGUGUUGAAAGAUUGUGGGAUGAUUCCUGUUACGGCGAGACGGGAGUCAACUGGAUUCAUCUUCAAUCGUCUCUGGGCUGCUAUUAAGCGUGAGAUCAUGUUUAUUCUUGCGGAAGGCAUUAGUUCUCCUGAAGAAAUUGAUCUUCUCUGGAAGAAUAUGUUCCAGCUUCCGUCUAGUUUGCCGCCGUGUCGAUUGAUGGAUCAGAUUGGUUUGGAUACAGUGGCGUUCAUUGAAGAUAACUAUAUUCAAGAGAGGGGACUAGACAGCCGCAUGACUGUUGACUGGCUGCGCGAGAAAUAUAUCUCUCCUGGGAAACUAGGACUCAAGAGCGAUAAGGGCGGAUUGUAUCCUCCCAAGCCUAUGGAUGCUGUCAAGGGUGAAGAGGCCUUGUAUUUACUCGACGUUGGUCUGGGAUCGAACAAUCCUGAUAUCUCGUUCGUUCCAACAGCCGGACGUAUUCUCAAGUUCUACCCGAAUACUGGAAAAGUGACCACUCUCGUUGAAGGGCAGUCCUUGCCGGAUGGGAUUGACGUCUCACGAACGGCGUCUCGCAUCUUCUGGACGAAUAUGGGUCGCUCAACAGCCACAAAUGAUGGUUCUGUGCACUCGGCAAACCUUGACGGAACGGACGUCCGGACUCUCCUACCUCCUGGUACGGUGCACACGCCGAAGCAACUGGUCGUUGAUGAUAUCAAUAAUAAGGUUUACUUCUGUGAUCGUGAGGGCAUGGGCGUGCACCGAGUUAAUUUUGACGGUACUGAUGACGAAAUUCUUGUUCGUACUGGCUCUCUCGAUAAACCCGAGGAAAGAAAGGAUAUGACGCGAUGGUGUGUAGGUAUCACCUUGGACAUGGAUCGCGGUUAUAUCUACUGGACGCAGAAGGGGCCCAGCAAAAGUGGCCAGGGACGGAUUUUUCGAGCAGGUAUUGACAUCCCAGCUGGCCAGACAGCGGAUAAUCGACAAGACAUUGAGCUAUUGUUGGAAGGAUUACCUGAACCGAUCGACCUGGAAUUGGAUGGGGAGAAUCAGUUGCUAUACUGGACCGAUCGUGGCGAGCAUCCAACUGGGUGUUCGUUAAACCGGGUGGAUGUUAGUGGAAAGGCUGAUAAAGCAAAGCUUCGAAGCAAGAAGGAAUUAUUAGCAAGGCAAUUCCACGAACCCAUCGGGAUUAAAAUGGACGGGAAGAAGCAGGUGUAUGUGACGGAUUUAGGAGGAAGUGUAUAUCGAGUGAAUGGUGGGAAGAAGACAGUGAUAUGGCAGGAUAACGGCUGCUAUACUGGAAUAGCUAUUCUUUGACCAUCGUUGUGUAUUUUUAGAGACAUAGAAUCAUAGACGUAUGGAGAUAUUAA